AUGCCCCCGAGGGAAGAAAGAUAUCAAAAUCAGAGAGAUCGUGAAAGGAGAGGAGAAUUGCAGAUAAGCAGACAGAUUUUACGGCGGAGAUCAGAAUGGGAAGCCAUAACAGAGAGGACAGUAGACGAAGAACGACGCUUAAGAGGAAGAAUGGGGACAGAACCGCACCUAAGACAGGAAGAUAUGAUUGGCAUUCUUAGUGAAUUAGAUACAAAUUCUUCCUGUGAUUUCAAGAGCGUAGAACCGGAAUUUAUGGAAACCCAAAUGCCAUUUCAAAUCGAAGAUGGUGAAGUUCAAGAAAUUGAGAGGAUGGAAGUGAUGGGAAAUGAGCAAAUUGAACAAACGCAGACGAUAGAAGAUAUCAGAUAUGAUGAGAUUCUGCACCUGUUCAUAAUAGAUGAUGACUUCUUUGAAUUUGACUCAGAUCUCGAGUUUGAGAUCCUGCUAUUCCCUUUAGCAGUCCAACCUGAUGUUGUUUCUCUACAGAUGGAGGAGGAGGCGAGAGAGUUGGUAGAUGCCUUUGGUACCAUCAAGAUAUAUAAUUUUGAUAUUAACGAAGUUCCUCUGUGUUCAGUUUGUAGGAUUGAAUAUGAGGUGGGUGAAGAGGCCUGUCAAAUGCCAUGUCACAAAACAUAUAUUUUUCACUCGGAUUGCCUUCGCCAAUGGUUAGAAGGGAGGAAAAGUUGUCCACUCUGUAAAACGGGCGUGCCAUACCCAUAUCGCCCACCGUUUGUUCCCUCAUCUUUAAUUGUGGAUCUGAAGAUUUUCAUAUAUAAAUUCAACUAG